AUGCAAGCCCCCGAGAUCCCCGCAAUUGACGUAUGGGAUUGCCUGUUCGAGAGAACAGAAAAGCCCUUCCCAAAUGACCACAUCAUCUUCAAAUCGCCCUCAGGAGUACAAACAUACAACGAUAUCCGCUCCCGAGCCCUGAAUUUCGGCACUCACCUACAAAGCACAUGGAACUGGAACAAGGGAGACGUCCUCCUAACAUUAUCACCAAACCACAUCGACACACCAUCUGUAUUCUGGGGCUGUCACUGGGCAGGAGGGAUCUUCUCCCCUGCGAACCCGACAUACACAGCAGAGGAACUGAAGUACCAGAUCAUUGACAGCAAUGCAAAAGCAAUAGUUGUGCACGUAUACCUCCUCGAAACUGCCCUCGCGGCUUCCAAGCUCGUCGGGUUCCCUUCUUCCCAUAUCUGGGUCCUCGGGGCUCAUUCUCCAGUUGCGGACUUGCAGCAUGUCGAAUCAAUGCUCUCUGUUACAGCUACUGGUAGACCGCGUCCGAGCAUCGAACCUGCCUUUGACGCGGCUUGUUUGGUGUACUCCUCCGGCACGACUGGUAGUCCCAAGGGGGCAAUAGUGACGCAUAGGAACAUUGUGGCAGAUAUCAUUCUCCAAAGGCAUGUUGAAGGCGAGUUCCUCGACUGGAGAAAAGAUAGAUUGCUCGCGCUGAUACCGACGUAUCAUAUUUUCGGCUUGAUAUGUCUAGUCCAUUUCCCGGUCCUAAUGGGCCUCCAGACGACCGUCAUGGAGAAGUUCUCAGUCAAUGAGCUCUUAAAGAAUGUCAAGACAGAUUCCAUCACUCACAUCUACGUCGCUCCACCUGUUGUAUUACACCUGGCCAAAAAUCCUUCGAUGACCCGUGACCAGCUCUCAUCCCUGAGAAUGAUCACAUCUGGCGGUGCUCCACUAGCACCUGAUUUGAUUCGGGCAGUAUACGAUCGUCUCGGGGUCCCAGUCCGUCAGGCAUUCGGAUUAACGGAAUCCACGGCCGUGGCUCACAUCCAGAGAUGGAACCUAUGGAAAGAGGCCAUGGGCUCAAAUGGACCACCCAUGCCAAGCGUCGAAGUCAAAUUCAUCAAUGAGGAAGGUAAUCAAAUCCAACAAGGCGAAGGAGAGCUCUGUCUCCGAGGACCGACCAUCUUCCGCGGAUACCACAACAACGACGAAGCAACGUCGCAAUCCAUUUCUUCGGACGGGUGGUUCAUGAGCGGCGAUAUUGGACAUCAGGAUGAAAACGGGAAUCUGUAUAUCACGGAUCGCCUAAAGGACUUGAUCAAGUUCAAGGGAUUCCAGAUCCCGCCAGCGGAGAUAGAAGGUGUUUUGCAUGAGCAUCCGCUUGUUCACGAUGCUGCUGUUGUGGGGGUUUUCAUUCCGAAGAUCGCUUCGGAGGUACCGGUUGCGUAUGUGGUUCUUGCGAAGACGACGCAGAAGCCUGAGCAGGUUGCUGGGGAAUUGUUGGCGUAUGUUGCUGAGAAAUUGAGUGUUCAGAAGAGGUUACGGGGUGGGAUUAUUCCGAUUGGAGAGAUUCCGAAAGGGCCUUCUGGGAAGAUUUUGAAGCGGGCUUUGAGGAAGAGAGCUGAGGGUGUUGAUGAAGGGAAGGCUAUUGGUGCGGCGAUUUAUGAUGACCGGUCCUCUAAGCUAUGA